CUCACUAUCUUCAGUGUGAAUCUGACAGGCUCCCAGCACAGCCCGAAUGCUUCUUCUAUUUUUAGAGACAGCUGUAAAGCUGUAGUCAAGAACUGCUUACAUAAUCUUGUAAGAAAUGACAGCGAAGCACAAUGGCAUAUUUUGACCUUUGGCAUCAGAUAAGUAAUUGGAAGAUUAAGUUAAUUUUUAUUCAAGCAGGGAGCCUCUCUUGUGAGCUUCUGUACCAUCACACCCUCGUUAGAGCGCACAGGCGCCGUUCGGAAAUAGGGCUUGGCUUGCUGCUUGGUGGCCUCCUCACCUGAGGGCAGACCACACUGCUGUUCUCCAUAGAUGCCAAGCAACGUGUGGUGUGUACCAGCCUUUGUGGGCCUGCUUGUGUGAGAGGAGAGGACCCUUCUCUCCGUGGUGAUAUCCCAGUGAGGCUGCAAAGGAUUGGAAAGCGCACCCAGAAAAUGCUUCUGCUACUGUGCAGCUGAGGAGCCGCUUCCAGCGAGCGCCGUGGUGGAGUGUAAGCCCCCCCAGUGACCUCUCCCUUUUGCUUUCAGACGCUGGGUUAUGGGCAAGUCAGAAAGCCAGAUGGACAUCACUGAGAUGAAUGCUCCCAAGCCAAAGAAGAAGCUGCGCUGGAGCGGGCUGGAGAUCGGGCUGGCCGUGGUGGUGGUGCUGCUGGCCGUGGUGGCCAUCACAAUGAUCGUCCUCUACGCCACCUACGACGAUGGGAUCUGCAAGACCUCAGACUGCAUAAAAUCAGCAGCCCGAAUCCUGGAGAACAUGGACACCACUGCAGAGCCCUGCAAGGACUUUUACCAAUAUGCCUGUGGAGGAUGGCUCAAGAGGAAUGUCAUCCCAGAAACCAGCUCCCGUUAUAGCAACUUUGACAUUUUGAGAGAUGAACUAGAAGUUGUUUUAAAAGAUGUCCUCGACACACCAAGCAGCAAUGACAUAGCAGCAGUGCAGAAGGCAAAAACUCUCUACAGAUCCUGCAUCAACGAAACUACCAUUGACAGCAGAGGUGGAAAGCCUUUAAUCAGCUUAUUGCCAAACAUGUCUGACUGGCCUGUAGCAACAACUAACUGGGAUGCUUCCUACGGCACUGCUUGGACAGCUGAGACAGCCAUUGCACAGCUCAACUCCAGAUAUGGAAAGAAGGUCCUGAUUAAUUUUUUUGUUGGCACAGAUGAUAAAAACUCCUCAGCACAUAUCAUUCAUAUUGAUCAGCCUGGGCUUGGCCUGCCUUCUCGUGACUACUACGAAUGCACUGGCGCCUACAAAGAGGCCUGUUCUGCCUAUGUGGAUUUCAUGAUCUCCGUAGCUAAGCUGAUCCUGCAAGAAAGAAAUAUUACUUACGACGAGAACGAGGUUUCUGAGCAGAUGAAGACAGUUAUGGAGCUGGAGAAGGAGAUUGCCAAUGCAACAACGAGGUCUGAAGACAGAAACGAUCCACUUCUGCUGUACAACAAAAUGACCUUGGCACAACUCCAGAACAACUUCUCCUUGGAAAUCAACCAAAAGGUAUUCAACUGGUCAAAAUUCAUCAAUGACAUCAUGUCCACGGUGCAGAUCAACGUGGAGAACACUGAAGACGUCGUCGUUUAUGAUCCAGAAUACCUCAUCAAGCUGAAGCCUAUUCUUAGCAGAUACACCCCCAGGGACCUUCAGAAUUACAUGGUCUGGCGAUUCGUCAUGGAUCUGGUCAACAGCCUGAGCCGCAGCUACAAGGACACGAGGAACGCGUUUCGGAAGGCACUCUAUGGCACCACGUCAGAAACCGCUGCCUGGCGCCGCUGCGCCAACUACGUCAACGGCAACAUGGAGAACGCGGUGGGAAGGCUCUACGUCGAGGAGGCCUUUGCUGGAGACAGCAAACAUGUGGUUGAGGAGAUGAUUGCAGACAUCCGAGAUGUCUUCAUCAAAACCCUGGAUGAACUCACCUGGAUGGAUGCAGAAACCAAAAAGAAAGCAGAACAAAAAGCCAUGGCAAUCAGAGAGAGGAUUGGUUACCCAGAUGAGAUCGUGACUGAUGACGACAAGCUGAACACUGAGUACCAGGAGUUGAACUACAAAGAAGAAGAAUAUUUUGAAAACAUCAUUCAAAAUUUGGUAUUUACCCAGAAGAAAAGGUUGAAAAAGCUCAGAGAAAAGGUGGACAAAGAGGAGUGGAUAAGUGGAGCUGCUGUGGUCAAUGCUUUUUACUCAGCAAGUAGAAAUCAGAUAGUCUUCCCUGCUGGCAUUUUGCAGCCCCCUUUCUUCAGUGCAUCCCAGCCCAAAUCUCUGAACUAUGGCGGCAUAGGCAUGGUCAUCGGUCACGAAAUCACCCACGGCUUUGAUGACAACGGCAGAAACUUCAAUGAGAAUGGAGACCUUGUAGACUGGUGGACUGAGGAAUCUGCACGGAACUUUAAGGAGCUAUCCCAGUGCAUGGUGUACCAGUAUGGAAACUUCUCCUGGGACCUAGCAGGUGGACAGCACCUGAGUGGCAUCAACACCCUAGGAGAAAACAUUGCCGAUAACGGGGGGGUGAGACAAGCGUACAAGGCCUAUGAGAACUUUGUGAGCAAGCAUGGAAAGGAAAAGCUUCUUCCUGGGCUCGAGAUGAAUCACAAGCAGCUGUUCUUCCUGAACUUUGCACAGGUGUGGUGUGGGACGUACAGACCAGAGUACGCAGUCAACUCCAUCAAAACCGACGUGCACAGCCCCGGGGAAUUCAGGGUCAUAGGAUCACUGCAAAACUCUCCAGAGUUUUCUGAAGCCUUCUCAUGCACAGAGGAGAACUACAUGGAUCCUGCUAAGAAGUGCCGCGUUUGGUGAUGAACUGCGAGCCUCCAGCAGCUUCCCAGGAAAAGAGAACUCUGGAACUACAUUUGAGCAGAAGAGGAGGGAAGAAAAGCCAGGGGAAUGUGCCAGAGUAGUCAGUGUAAUUGUCAAUAAACAAGAAAACCCAACACAAAGCAGACGUCAAACCAUCGGGCAGGGACUAACACCGCUGCAGCGAGGAGCUGCCGCAGCUGAUCAGCUGCUUCCCCUGCCCCUCAGCCCUGCAGAACCCAAGUCACUUGGCGGUGUACAGCAACACUGCACUUGUAGUUAAUCCUCUUCCCCAGCAGCCAGUGCCACUGGGGUUUGUUUUACUGCCUCUGGUCAGCGAACGCUCACUGCUGAUGGGGCAGAGGAAGGGAAUGGUGACAAACACCCAGUUGUAGCCAUCACACCGCGAUCCCCAGCGUCAGACUUUGUAACCUCUGCUGUUAUCAUCAAUCUGUCCCACCAAAUGUUUUCAUUUUUACUUGAAGCCCUUUCCACAAGAGGAGUCCAAAGACCUGCUGUAUACUUCAGUAACUUCUCACUAACAUUCUGGCCUGCAUCAUCUGGAGCCACUAAUCCCAACAGAUUAUUCACAGCUUUCUGGCCAGACUCAAACCUUAGCUAAUUUAUUCAUCUGGAACAUGUAAUCUGCCAGGUGGUGAUCAAAGAGCCUGUCAUGGGUUUCUAAGCUUUUUCUUUCCUUGCUUUCUCUCAAGUUGGUCUUUUUUAAAGUUUCUAGUAAUGUAUAAAUCAUAGUUUUUGUAUUUAAAUCUGAGCUACACUUUUGACUUGAAGCAUUGUAAUGGAUUUUAUCAGUGGCUGCACAGAUUGGAGCCGAGCACGGUGUGGGCAAUAAGACAAAGCCUGCAAACUGAGCUCUCCCAGCAGGAUGCCAAGGUGCAGGUUCCAGGCUGGCUUUGGCUGUGGUUAGGGUCUAACCCUGCAGGGAAUUUGUACACGUUUUGAUUGAUGCCAGUAAAGCUGAACAGCCGAUGGCAAAAACCAGGAGGAGCUUUAAGUGAGAAGGUAAAAAGGCUUUAAAUCUGCAGUGACAGAUAUUAAACAUCCUCCUGCAGAUUGCAAAGGAACUUAACUGCUUUGUGUAUCAAAGCAAACUGAUUUCCAAACCAAGUACCAGAUACCUCAGAUGACUGCUGCAAUAGGUCUGUUUAAGCACCUAUGUCCUCUCUGCUUCCUGAGUUUGUCAUCUGAUAAAAAGCGUUUUGAUAAUAAACUGAACUGAUGAGCCAAA